AUGGCGCACACGGAAUUGUUGCCUCGCCCGACCUUCCAGCCAGCACCGUAUGGGUCGGCGGGUGGCGUGGUGGCACUUCAGCAACUGCAACUGGACCAUCGUCCACUCCAGCAGCACCAGCACCAUCCACAACCGCCACAGCAGCAGCAGCAACAACAACAGCAACAACAGCAACAGCAACAGCAACGGCUUCAAGGGUUUGUCCCAUAUCAGCAAACGGCAUUGGCGCAGUCAGCACCAUCGCCCGUGUAUUAUGCGUCAUCCCAGAUGGCACCGAUUGGACAGCAUGUCCCAUUCGCAUCGGACGCGCAACGGCAAAGUGUAAUGCACUACCAGAUGGGCUCGUCAACCCAUCCUCUGCCUCAAUCGUUCAUGCCACACCCAGUACCCGUCACGCUGCACGACUUGCAAGCCCAGCUUGUACAAAACCCAAUAUCAGGUCUCUCGCAGCCGCAGCACUUGCACCUGGUACAACCCGCCACCACCCAGCAAGGCGGAAUGCCGCAACCGCAGAUGUCGAGUCGACAGCGGGUCCGGCGCAAGUCGAGCACCGAAGGCAGCACGACCAGCAGCGAUGACAAGACUGCUGGCCUGGCGCAAGCCGCUUCGGCACAAGUCACCGCAACACCAGUCAGCUCUGUACAAGCCGCCACGGCGCCCGCCGUCGCACCCGCUGUACCACGCACAGUUUUCGUUGACAACAGCGUGGCCGGGGCGUCCUCGACCUUCCAGUGCGAAUGGCAGGGCUGUUCGGACUCGUUCCUGUCGUUCUCCGACUUUGUUUCGCACGUGACCGACGAGCACAUUGGAAGCGGUCUUCGCUUUUACUUUUGCGAUUGGAAGAACUGCAUGCAGGCUGGCAAUCCCUUCCGGAAGCGCCACAAGAUUAUGACGCACGUCCGGAUUCACACGGGCGAGAAACCGCACUCUUGCUCGGUGCCUGGCUGUGGAAAGCGCUUUCCGCGCAUCGACUCGCUGCGUGCGCACAUGCAAGUCCACUCUGGCACUCGAAAGUUCACCUGCCCGCUGGCCACCUGCAUGCGGUCGUACUACCAUCCUCGAUCCCUCCGCAAGCACGUCCGGACCAAGCAGCACGGCGACGCGGAUGCCAUCAUUCGCGAGAUUCUUGAAUCGCGCCGCGCAACCGGUGAUGCGCAAGAUGACUCUGACAAUCUCGAAGAAGAGGAAGAGGAAGAGGAGGAGGACACGGAUGGCGACGAUUCCGCGGACGGCUCUGGCGAUGGAGGCAGCCAAAGCCACUCUCCACGCUGAGUUGAAGCAGAGUACACGA